GGCCUUUUUAUGAGAAAUUCAUCGCCAGAUUUCCCUGAUACAUAUUUAGCUACUCUAUAUCUUCCUUCAGUCACUGCCAGUGCCACCCACAUUAAAUCGCUUGCUUUUCGGCAUCAACUGACCUUUAAUCUCCACUCCACUGCUUUGACUUCGACCGAUGACUGUCCAAUAUAUGCGCCCAUCCUACAAGCUCAUCGGAGAAUUCUUGCUUCAUGGUCGAUUACAUUCUCAGCUUUCGUGUUUUAUAAGUUCCGCCAUCAGCAUUACAAAUGCAAAUGUGAUGUGACACGGAUACAAUUUUUUGUUUGGUGCGGAUGGGUUUGGAUUGAUUGAUGACACCCGAUGAUUGCAGAAACUUAUCUUGUUUUCGUUUGGGUGGAAGCCUUGAUCAAGAGCGGAAGGAAGGUCGAGGUGGUGAAACCAGCUGAUGAUCAGGCGCGGGUCCCCGUUUAAACAUUUCAUCACAACCACACCAACCCAGCCACCGAUGAUUGGAUCGGAGCCAGGAACAGCCACCCAGCCCUCGUCCGCUGCCCAUCCUCCUCCCCCGAGCUCACAGGCUAAGCCGACCGCCAUCAACAACGAGAACAACAGCAAGCCCAAAAAAACUCGGGGUCGGCCGGCCGAUUCGCCCGAUGUAACGCUGUCCAAGACGCUCUCUUACAUACUGCGACAUGGCGCGCUUAAGGAACGGCUCGUCAUCAGAGCCGAUGGGUGCAUCAGAUUAGAUGACUUGCUCAAACGGCCCAAGUUGAAGAACUACACGAUCGAUGAUGUCCGGCGGGUGGUCGCUGAGAACGAGAAGCAACGGUUUGCGCUCGUCGACGAACAAGCCGCCGACGGUUCCAUCGUCAAUUACAUCCGGGCCAAUCAAGGACAUUCCAUAAAAGAGGUGGACCAACCAGAUUUGACACCAUUGAUUGAUCCCAUAGAGCUCCCGACGGUAGUACACGGGACUUAUUCCAAGUUCUGGGACAGCAUUGCGCAAGACGGCCUCAAACCGAUGAGCCGAACACACAUCCAUUUCGCCAAGGGAUUGCUAGGAGAAGAAGGUGUCAUCAGCGGAAUGCGUGCAUCAUGCGACACGUUCAUUUAUCUGGACGUUGAGAAAUGUUUACAAGCCCAGAUCGAAUUCUUCCUGUCCUCCAACGGGGUGAUUCUCAGCGAAGGACUCCCGGCCUCGAAAUCGAUCCCUGCCCAAUACUUCAAGAAAGUUGUCGAUAAGCACGGGACUGUGCUGUACCCUCCUCAGUGACCAUCCGAGUUGACUCACUGAAACAACGGCUGGAUAACAAUCGUGAGCAUCACGUCUGUAACGAUCUACAAAGGCAAGUGUUCGGAUAAGCUAGCCAUAGAGGCUGAUAUACCCAGUUUGUUUUUGAAGCCACUUCACUGUUCUGUUGUGGAUACGUUUACUUUGACUCCUGAUCAAUACUAUGUAGUUAACUUGUAUUCAAAACAUUUCGGGUAUGAAGAUUUUUCUUCUUGUUCUCAUUGUUGACCUAAGCUCCGGAACGGAAAACAAGUGCAAUUUGAUCCCCCGACUUUGAAC